UAACCCUUUAAAAACCUAAAACCAUAGUUUAUACAAAACAUGCAGUUUGGAUUUAGAAGAGACAUACCCUUAAUGCCCUCUUCUCCAAUCUCCUAUCUUCCCUCUUUUCUUUGCAAAGAUGAAAAGAAAAAAUGAUGUUUGAGCAAAAAUUUGAAUUUUUUAGUUUGAGGAUUUCAAAUUCCUCACAAGGGUGAUAAGAGUUUUUGCUUGCUCUACUGCUUCUUGAACUGCAAAAACUGGUUUGUUUCUCUUUUUAUGUUCAUUUUCAUAUCAAAGUUUAUAUGAUAUUUUGUCUUUAUGUAGUUAAUGGUUACUUGGGGUUUCAAGAUUUUGAGAUCUGAAUGUGGGGUUGUUGAAUUUUGGGUAUUUAAAGAAGAAAGAUUGAAUCUUUUUGAGGUUGAGGGGUGAGAUAGAUUUUGUUUUGGAUUUGAUUGAAAAGGAUUUGUGUGUGUGUUUUUUUUUUUUGAAAUAUUUUGUGGGGUUUAUAUCAAAUUGGAGGAGAGUUGAAGUUUUUAGCAUCUGGGGUUUUGUUAAUAUUUGUUAGAAAUGACUAUGUUGUGGAGUGAUGAGGAUAAGACUAUGGUGGCAGCGGUAUUAGGAACAAAAGCUUUUGAUUACUUGAUGUCUAGUUUAGUUUCUGCUGAAUGUUCUUUAAUGGCAAUGGGGAGUGAUGAGAAUUUGCAGAAUAUGCUAUCAGAUCUUGUGGAACGUCCGAAUGCAAGUAAUUUUAGUUGGAAUUACGCCAUUUUUUGGCAGAUUUCGCGGUCUAAGUUGGGGGAGUUGGUGUUAGGAUGGGGAGAUGGUUGUUGUAGGGAAGCUAGGGAAGGAGAGGAAUCUGAACUUACUAGGAUUCUCAAUAUACGCCUCGCGGAUGAGGCUCAACAAAGGAUGAGGAAGAGGGUUCUUCAGAAGUUGCAUAUGUUUUUCGGUGGAACAGAUGAAGAUAACUAUGUGUCUGGAUUGGAUAAAGUCACUGAUACUGAAAUGUUCUUUCUUGCUUCAAUGUACUUUUCGUUUCCUCGAGGGCAAGGUGGUCCGGGGAAAUGUUUUAGUGCUGGUAAACAUGUGUGGUUAUCAGAUGUUAUGAGGUCGUCUGUAGAUUAUUGUUCUAGGUCUUUUCUGAUGAAGUCUGCUGGUAUGCAAACAGUUGUUUUGAUCCCAACUGAUAUAGGGGUUGUGGAAUUGGGAUCUGUACGAACUAUACCAGAAAGCUUGGAGCUUGUAAAUUCAAUAAAAUCUUGCUUCUCAUCGUUUUUGGCUCAAGUUAGGGCUAAGCAAGCAGCAGUUGUAGCUGAGAAAAAGAAUGGAAACAAUUCUGUGAUUCCCAGCUCUUUUCCUUUUGAUCAGUCAAAGGAAAAUCCGAAGAUUUUUGGGCAGAAUUUAGAAUCUGGUUCUACCGAGUUUAGGGAAAAACUUGUUCGCAGGAAACCGGUGGAUGGGCCACUGGAAAUGUACAGAAAUGGAAACAGGGCUCCCAUCAUAAAUACACAAAAUGGUGUACGCCCCGUAUCAUGGGCUUCAUUUGGUAAUGUAAAGCCAGGGAACUCGGUGGAGCUCUAUAGUCCUCAGGCACCACCAAACAACUUACGAGAGUUUGUCAAUGGUGGAAGAGAAGAGCUCCUGUUAAAUAGCCUCCAGCAUCAAAAGCCUGGUGGAAUGCAAAUAGAUUUCACCAACUCAAGACCCGUUGUUUCUCCAGUGCCCACUGUUGAAUCCGAGCAUUCAGAUGUUGAAGUUUCAUGCAAGGAAAAACAUGCAGGACCAGCUGAUGAAAGGAGGCCUCGAAAGCGUGGAAGAAAACCAGCCAAUGGAAGGGAAGAGCCCCUCAAUCAUGUAGAAGCUGAGAGGCAACGGAGGGAGAAGCUGAACCAGCGGUUUUAUGCAUUACGAGCUGUUGUUCCAAAUAUUUCCAAAAUGGACAAAGCUUCCCUCUUAGGAGAUGCCAUUGCUCACAUCACUGACAUGCAGAAAAGGAUCAGGGACGCGGAAUAUAAGCUGGAAAGGCGAGGAAGCACCUCUGUGGAUGCAGCUGAUAUCAACAUUGAAGCCGCCAGUGAUGAAGUCAUUGUAAGAGCUAGAUGCCCACUGGGAACCCAUCCUGUAGCAAAAGUCGUUGAAGCAUUCAAAGAGACACAGGUCAGCGUUGUUGAGUCAAAACUUGCAGUGGGGAAUGAUACAGUAUAUCAUACAUUUGUGGUCAAGUCCAGUGGACCCGAACAGCUAACGAAGGAAAAGCUAAUGGCUGCAUUUUCUGGUGAAUCAAACUCUCUCUAGACAUUCUCAUCGCUCCGUAGGAUAACAAAGGCACUAUCAUUUUAGUCUACAUUCCAUAUCUUUGUUUCUGCAAAGGUUUUGGUAUACAACAGUUCAGUCUAGGAAUAGAGAAAAUAACUAGCUAUUGACAAAGUAGCGGCAAUUCUUUCCUAUAUCUGUUUAUAGUAUACAUGCUUGUCAAAAGAAAGCUGGAUUGAAUCGCUCUGUAAGCUUAAAUCUCUUUUGCUUAUGCUAGUUUUUUCACAUUUUUACUUGGUGUUGUUACUUGUUGAGUUAAUUACUUCUCUAG